UUCUGUUGUUGAUUAUUCUAGCAAUGGUUUUAUUUAUGACGAAAGUCAGUGCCAAACGAUGGGCUGAUGGAGUAGAUGGAGUGUGUGCCUAAUCACUUUUUAUAGUGUUAAAUUAUACCAAUAAAGAUGAUGUAGCAAGCUUAGCGAUAGUUGAUUUAAACAAGUAAAUUCAUUAUUUUUGAGAUACCAGCUGAUCUCAAAGCGAGAGCUCCGAAACUGAGCCCAAGCGUACCAAGAGUUAUAUUGAUGAGGUAUACCGACUUUUAGAGGAAAAGCCAGGGGUUGAAGAAAUAUUAAUCAUGAAUCGUUCCGGUGUGCCGAUCAAAACGUCAAUGGAACGCCAAGACGCAAUUCAACAUGCCUGUCUUUAUGAGAAUUUGCGUGAAAAGUGUCUGGCAUUUCUAUCAAAAAUGGAGCCACCACAGCUCCUGACCAUGUUGCGAGUCCGUACCAGAUUCCACGAGGUCCUGCUAACACCUGAUGGCAAGAUAACCGUUUUGGUAGUGCAAAAUCCAAAGGAUACACAUCUUAAGCCCAAGCGUACCAAGAGUUAUAUUGAUGAGGUAUACCGACUUUUAGAGGAAAAGCCAGGGGUUGAAGAAAUAUUAAUCAUGAAUCGUUCCGGUGUGCCGAUCAAAACGUCAAUGGAACGCGAAGACGCGCUUCAACAUGCCUGUCUUUAUGAGAAUUUGCGUGAAAAGUGUCAGGCAUUUCUAUCAAAAAUGGAGCCACCACAGCUCCUGACCAUGUUGCGAGUCCGUACCAGAUUCCACGAGGUCCUGCUAACACCUGAUGGCAAGAUAACCGUUUUGGUAGUGCAAAAUCCAAAGGAUACACAUCUUAAGCCCAAGCGUACCAAGAGUUAUAUUGAUGAGGUAUACCGACUUUUAGAGGAAAAGCCAGGGGUUGAAGAAAUAUUAAUCAUGAAUCGUUCCGGUGUGCCGAUCAAAACGUCAAUGGAACGCCAAGACGCACUUCAACAUGCCUGUCUUUAUGAGAAUUUGCGUGAAAAGUGUCAGGCAUUUCUAUCAAAAAUGGAGCCACCACAGCUCCUGACCAUGUUGCGAGUCCGUACCAGAUUCCACGAGGUCCUGCUAACACCUGAUGGCAAGAUAACCGUUUUGGUAGUGCAAAAUCCAAAGGAUACACAUCUUAAGCCCAAGCGUACCAAGAGUUAUAUUGAUGAGGUAUACCGACUUUUAGAGGAAAAGCCAGGGGUUGAAGAAAUAUUAAUCAUGAAUCGUUCCGGUGUGCCGAUCAAAACGUCAAUGGAACGCCAAGACGCAAUUCAACAUGCCUGUCUUUAUGAGAAUUUGCGUGAAAAGUGUCUGGCAUUUCUAUCAAAAAUGGAGCCACCACAGCUCCUGACCAUGUUGCGAGUCCGUACCAGAUUCCACGAGGUCCUGCUAACACCUGAUGGCAAGAUAACCGUUUUGGUAGUGCAAAAUCCAAAGGAUACACAUCUUAAGGUAGAGGAUCUAAAUCGUCAUUCCUCCAAUUUUUAAAUAAUUGCUCCUACAUAUAUCUACGUUGUUAGUCAUCCAACUUCUUACACGUAAAACAUUCUUCUCACUUUGUACACAGCCCAAACACAACAAACUGUUCAUUUAUGUGACUACCUGAAUAUAAAUUCAAUCAAAUAAGUAAUAAAUAGUCCUCAGAGCUUCAGCUUAAAAA